AUGGAUUUUAUGUGUCAUCUUCGCUGUCAAUCAAAUCAUUAUACUCUAUUCUCUAUGGCCCUAGUUGAAUGAAUCGAAGAAGUGUUUGUGUAAAUGAUUGUGGAACAAAGAAUUUUACAACGCGAAAUAGAUGAGGCUCGGUGGAGGACCACUAUUUAACAUUACUCAUGAGUACGGAAGAGACUCUGUUGAAUCUCGAUUUCGACAAACCAAAUUCAUCAAUUACGCCUCCUGAUGACGGCGUGGUAUCAUUGUCUAGCAGCGCCGAGGACAUUUGUUUAGUGCCAGAGGUCGGCUUCGAGGGCAACGUGGAUUCCCCAGGGUUGAACCGGGAGUCGCAGCCGCUCUUGAGCGGCCGUGGCGACUUCGAAGUAUCAUUUAACCAUUUUCCAGAUGACCCGCAGUUUAGUGAGCUGGUAUGGCAGGCGGAGGUGGCCAUUGACAAUGGCAUCUACCCAGAGAGGAUAUACCAGGGCUCUAGUGGAUCUUAUUUCGUCAAGAAUCCUGGUGGUAAAAUAAUAGGAGUAUUCAAGCCAAAAGACGAAGAGCCAUACGGUAGACUGAACCCUAAAUGGACGAAAUGGAUGCACAAGCUGUGCUGCCCGUGCUGCUUCGGCCGCUCAUGUCUCAUCCCCAACCAGGGAUACCUGUCUGAAGCGGGGGCCAGUCUGGUCGACUCCAAGAUAGGACUCAAAGUUGUGCCUAAGACUAGGGUAGUGAAACUUGUAUCAGAGACGUUUAACUACCUGCGGAUAGACCGCGAGCGGUCGCGGCUGAAGCGCGCCAUCACUGAACAGUUCCCCAACCUGCGCUUCAACAGGAUGGGACUGCCGCCGAAGAUGGGGUCAUUCCAGUUGUUCGUGGAAGGUUACAAGGACGCGGACUACUGGCUUCGUCGCUUCGAGCAAGAGCCGCCGCCCCCACACCUCAUGAAGAAGUUUCAACUACAGUUCGAGCGUUUGGUGGUGUUGGACUAUAUAAUCCGCAACACGGACCGCGGUAACGACAACUGGCUUAUCAAAUACGACGCCCCCAGCGCUAACGCGGACACCCUCAACAUGACAGACCCCUCGGAAUGGUCCGGCAAGGUGGAGGUGCGUAUCGCGGCCAUCGACAACGGGCUGGCGUUCCCCUUCAAGCACCCCGACUCGUGGCGCGCCUACCCCUACCACUGGGCCUGGCUGCCGCACGCCAAGCGCCCCUUCAGCCAGGACACCAAAGAACUGGUACUUCCGCUGCUCUCCGAUAUGAAUUUUGUACAAGAACUGUGCGAUGAACUGCAUUUGUUGUUCAAACAAGACAAGGGUUUCGACAAGGGUCUGUUCGAGCGGCAGAUGUCGGUGAUGCGCGGCCAGGUGCUCAACCUCACGCAGGCGCUCAAGGACAACAAGAGCCCCGUGCAGCUCGUGCAGAUGCCCGCCGUCAUCGUGGAGAGGUCCAAAAGCGGGACGACGUCGUCUCGUUUCUUCGACUCGUUCCAGCAGCGCUUCCAGCACAAGUCGCCCUUUUUCUCCUGGUGGUGAGCUGCGAGGUAAAGAUGGAUGCGCGCUGACGCUGUUAUACAUAGUAAAAUAAUUGUAUGUAUGUAUGUAACUAGAUUUAGCACGUUUUCAAAUUAUAUGUAUCUUGCGGUAGUGUAUUGUGUCCGCAGAGAUAUCGGAAGCAACUAAUAUAAAAAAUGUAAUUUACUUUAUUAGUGACGAUAAAAUGACAUUUAUGAAGAAAACAUUUAUUCAAAUAGUAUUUAGAAAAAAUAUUUGAAUUGUAAUAAUUGACUAAUUUAUCCUUCACAAAAAACUGUAGGUUUUUAAUUUCAAGUUUCCUAACAUUUUAUUUAAUACCUGAUUUACUUAAU